AAUACAUCUGCAGUGCUGCCAUCUGUAAUUGUUGUGUUUUUCAGUAUUUGGACUGCAAAAUAUCGAUGAUAUUUCUUAAUAUCAGCAAUUUGGAGGAAAAAUUAGAUUACGUAUUCAUUUAUCGUCAACCUCAGCAAUGUAGCUGGAAUGCUACGACAGCGGGGGUGGUCUGUUUAUAAUAUCGCUUUAAUUAAUGAUGUCACAUAGAGGCAAAAGACAAGCAUUCAGAUCUGAUGAUGUUACUCCUGUUGCAACGAAGAGGAGGAAAGGGCGCGUUACGACGGUUGCGGAAGAAGAAGAAACGUCCCCCGUGGACCGUGCUCAAUCUUAUACCGGUGCCUCGAUUUCCUCCGAUUUAAAAAUGUCCUCUAUCUACAAUCGCAGCGUUACCGAUGCUCCAGCUGAGCUUUUCCGCAAAGAUCUUAUUAGCGCUAUGAAGUUACCCGAUUCGGAGCCCUUAACCAGCGAUCAUUAUUGGGUGAUUACGGAUCAAUGGAAACAAGAAUGGGAGCGCGGAGUUCAAGUACCUGUGAAACCAGAUUCAUUGCCGGGACCAAAAGUCAAAGCAACCGAUAAUUCCAGCAACCAAUCUAAAAAAAUGCACCACGAAUUCAAAUUACCUAAAAACAAAUACAUUCGUAUCACAAAAGACGAACAUUUCCGAGUAGACGAGCACUACUUAUCGAACGUUGGUAUUCAGGCUGAAAAAGGUUGCGCCUAUGAUUUAGAAGACGUGGAUGUAGUUUGGUUGAAUAUCGUCAAUGGCGAACGCGCUCUACUUGGGUUACCGCCUAUCAGUCAAGAUCAAUUGGAGCGUGUUAUCGAAGAAUUAGAAAUGAGAUGUUGGGAGAAAGUGCACGCCAUUGUAAAGAAAGAAGAAGGAUUAGCUUUGGAAUUCGACGAAAGUGUCAUCUGCGACGUUUGUCGAUCGCCCGAUUCCGAAGAAGGCAAUGAGAUGGUAUUCUGCGAUUGUUGUAACAUCUGCGUUCACCAAGCGUGUUACGGUAUCACAAGCAUUCCAGCCGGACAAUGGUUAUGUCGAACUUGCGCUCUAGGUCUUAGGCCGGAAUGUGUGUUGUGUCCGAAUAAAAACGGAGCAAUGAAAUCGACACGUACCGGUCAAAAAUGGGCUCACGUAUCGUGCGCUCUAUGGAUACCUGAAGUUAGUAUAGGAUGUGUUGAAAAAAUGGAGCCUAUUACUAAAAUCUCAAGUAUUCCGCAAAGUCGUUGGGCCCUAAUAUGCGUGUUAUGUCGAGAACGAGUCGGCGCCUGUAUUCAAUGUUCGGUUAAAACGUGUAAAACCGCCUAUCAUGUUACGUGCGCUUUUAAACAUGGAUUAGAAAUGCGUGCCAUUAUCGACGAAGAAAGUACCACCGACGACGAUAACACUGUUAAAUUAAGAUCUUAUUGUCAAAAACAUAGUAUAAGUAGUAAGAAAGAUAUGAGUAGUAUUCCUGGGACUGGUUCCGAUGAAGAGGUUAAAAAGAAACAACGUAAAGAUAUGACUUCGGAAGAAAAAUCGCACGCUAGAGCCGUAAAAUUGCAAGAAAUAGAAGCAGAAUUCGAGAAACACGUCAGCGUCAAAGAUAUCACUAGAAAAUACGACGUUGAUGCGGAAGGACUCGAAUACAUCUAUAAUUACUGGGUGCUUAAACGUCGAGCUUCGUUUAAUAAACCAUUACUAGCCGCCAAGAGCGACGAUGCUUCUGAUCUACUGAAUAAAAAUCAAGAACAAGUCGAUCAGGAGAAGAUGAGGAUGUUCGUGCAAUUGAGGCAGGAUUUGGAAAGGGUACGAAACCUAUGCUACAUGGUGAGCAGACGCGAAAAGCUCUCACGUUCGUAUCAGCGUCUACGCGAACAAACAUUCUACAAGCAGGCGGCUCUUCUGUCGGAUACUCGAAUAAGCCUGAGUACGGCAGAAAUAACGUCAAUCAAAGAAGCAAAUCACGGCCCGUCGAUAUACGAUCGUCUAUACUCGCACGCCAACGCUCCGGAUCUGAGCACGGAUUUCGAAACGAUGGUAUCGCGUAUCGCCGGCUACACGGAUUCGGACCAUUAUUCGCCCCGGCGCAGCGUCAACGGCUACGUGUUCUCGUCUCGCGGCGACGGUUCGGGUAAACGAUCCUGCCUAAACGGCGAUUUGAAGAGUUUAUCGUCCGAAAGCAAUCUGUCGAGCGCCAGCGAUAUGGAAACGACGGGCAGUAAAAGUCACGCGGCGACUGGUUUGGAUACCGAGUCGGAUAGUCGCUUCAAGGUGAACAAUAAUCGAAUGAAUAAGUCGCAGCGAAAAAACGCGGUAGAGAAUCGCACGAAGAACACGGCUCGAAGAAGAAAAAGCAACGCGUCGUCGGUCGCUUCGUAUAUGGAUACGUCGUCGGCGAGCGACAUGGAAGACGCGACGAAGCCGAAAACCGAUACAGCCAUCAAUCGACAACGAUCAAAAAAGUCAUCAACGCUGGCGUCCGCCUCCGCGUCCGUAGCGUCAAAAAAGUCGUCACCUUCGCUGAGCCGCUCGUCGUUCGAUCUUCUAGAGCGGCGGCUGUGGCGAAGUCGAAGCAGCGGCAGUGCCACUGCUGCCGAUGAUGACGACGAAGAAGACGACAGCGAGGACGAUCUGUUUCUUAUUCAUCGUCCGGCGUCUAAAACCAAAGGAGGCGACUUCAAGAAGAAGAUCAGCGAUAUUUACUCGAGCGAUUCGGACGACGAUUCUUAUUCGGCGAAAAUGUCGACGUCGGUGAAAGAUUCGCGUAAGCCGGUACCAACGAAAGCGUCCAUGAAAGAAUUUUCGGCCGGAGGCCAUAGCAAAUCCAAAGACGUUGCUGGCAGCAACGGUAUCAAGUCCAUGACUGGUCAGCCAUCGAGUAAUGAGAAACGCAAAAGAUUUAAGGAUCUGUUCGAUGAAGAAUCGGACGACACGUCGAGUAAAGACGGUAUCGGCGUUGGUAGACGUGGUGUCGAUAAAUCGGCUACGAUGGACGAUAAAUUAUCGUCGUCCGGCGAAACGUCAUCUGAUAUUGUUCCUCAACGAAAAGCUGCCAAAAUGGCCAGUCAAACUCUUGCGACGGCACCAGCUACGACUAAAAAGAAUCGUAAAUCCGAUAAGAAAUCUCCGGCUAAAUCCGCGUCCGGUGCUCGUAGUAAAGAUGACGCUGAAAGCAAACUGGCCGCGGAAUCCGAUAAAAAUACCAAUUAUCUGGAUAUGCUGCCUUUCGUACCUCAAAGAGCCGCAGCCAAAAAGGCUAUCAAAGCCAUCGAACACAUCAAGAACGGUAUGGUCAAACCUACAACCCCGUUCGAAGAUGCGCAACAAUCGCAAAACGAGCUAUUCAAAUCGGUGUUGAAAUCAUCAUCAUCUUCGUCGACGCAACAAUCACAUUCGCAACAGAAAGGUGUUCAUAAGAAAGAAUCGUCGUCGUCCAAACACCAUCACCAUCAUCAUCAUCACCAAAAAUCAUCCGCGGCUUCGGCCGCUGAUCGUGACUCGGAGAGUAAAUCCGAUACUAAUUUCGGCGUUUUGGGCGACAAAAAAUCAUCGUCCGGAUCCUCGUUUUACCAAAAAUCAUCGUCUAUCGGUACAGCAGCCUCGGCCGCGUCGUCCGAUACGCCAUCCAGUAUCUCAUCUGCCUCGUUAUCGUCGAGCGCUCUCAAUUCGGCGGUGGGCAGUAUUUCCUCGCUUACGUCAUCGGUUACCACAUCAUCGACGACGACUGCUGUAAGUGCAACGGCAUCGGCGUCUGCCACUACUACGUCCUUAUCGACUCCGGCUACGAGUGCAACUGUAGCAACCAAGAAACCUACAUCGUCGAAUCGUAGCUCGUCGAGAUCAUCCUCUUCGGGAUCUUCGUCCUCGUCAUCGUCAUCAUCCUCGUCGUCCUCAUCGUCGUCCUCAUCAUCUUCAUCAUCAUCGUCAUCCUCGUCCUCUUCCGGCAGUUCCUCGUCGUCAUCCUCAUCGAGCUCCGAAAGCGAACCCGAAGAUAGUGCUACGAAAAAGAUACCCAUCAAGGCAACCGCUCGAGUAGCCUCUCCUCCGACUACGACUCCGGCUGCGGCCGCCGUUACCACUAAACCCAUGCCCAAGUGCAAGAAACGCGAGCAAUUGCGUAAAGACGAACCAACUCCCGCUGUUAAAGAACCCGUCGCAGCCGCAUCUACCUCUUCUGCGGCAGCUGAGCAGCCAGAGCUGCAGCAAAUCGACGAUAAACCCAAUACGAAUAACAUGGUUGCUGAUAACGAUCUAACUGCCGCCAUUCAAGAUCUGUAUAAAGAAAGCACACGAACGCAAGCGGGAGAAGUAUCCAUAUUCGACCAAAUGGAAUGCGACGUAAACAAAGUUAAACCACCUUCGCCUAAUCCGCCUUCUGUGAUGGAACUCGAAUCCGCAUCUUCGUCGUUCGAUAACAAAUUACCGGCGUCGACGGAAGAAGAUAUGGAAAGUUGCGAGACAAAAUCAGCUAUCGAACAUUUGACCAACAACGAAAGUGAUUUCUUAUCGCGACACGGCUGGGAAACGGAAUCAGCCACAGCCAGUAUCGGUAGCGCCAGUCAAACGGCAGCUAGCGUUGAAAAUAUGGAAAAGAACUUGGCCGAAUCCUUGGAGGCGUUCUUCGGCGACGAUUUCGACGAAUUUAAAGAAGAUUCGAAAGAAGAUAGCGCUCGCGAAACGUUGAAUUUAGUCGAGAAACUCAGGCUCGAGCUUGCUCGUAAAAAGACUAUCGACGUCGAUGGUAUCGCAUCGGCUCCAACUCCCGAUGUGGCCAUCGACGAUCCUAAGAUGGCCGGCGAAGUUGAUCACAACUCUCUUAAUGACGAUAAAAACACAUCUCUCGAUUCGAUCGACCCGACUAUCGAUACCAAUUCAUCUAGUAUGGAUAAAGAACAAAUGCCACAGCUGGAAAUGCAAUCGCAACAACAGCAGCAAUCACUCGCCACGCCAAGUCCUAUGCAGACGCAGCAGCAACAACACCCGCCGCAGCUGACACCUCAUUCGCAACAUCAGCAAUCGUCGAUGAUGCGAAACAACCUCGAUAUGUUCAAUUCGUUUGCCGUGGACAUGUUACAAUCUGCGGCCACCGCCGGCGUUGACGUCGCUUCUAUGAUCACACCCGAGAAAAGCUUACCGAUCACCGAUUCCAUAAGUAUUAAUACCGAUACGCAGUCUUGGCUUCCGGCCGGGUCUCAAUCGCAUUCGGUGAGCGGCGAUCGCGUCUCGUCUCCGUAUCGUCACGAAGAUGAAGCCAGUAUGAUGAAUCGUUGGUCUGAAAACGUAAUGAUACCGUCGAGACGAUCGGAUUGUUCGUCUACGUCAACCUCGUCCGCAGCCUCUUCAUCUGGAUCUUCGUCGGCGUAUUGCGGCGAUAUGCUACCUCACGCAGGGCAAACCGCCGUCGAUAUGAUGAGAAGCGUUGCGGCGACCGUGGCCAACGAUAUUAUGCAAUCGUCUGCGAGAAACGAACAACAACAACAACAAAUGAUGCAGCAGACAACGCCAACGUCGAGUCAACUACAGCAGCAACAACAGCAACAAUCGUUGAUGUUGCAACAACAGGAAGAAGCGUUACGAAAAUCGGCGGCAGCCGUCGCCGACCUCCUCAGACCCGUAGACCAGCACAAUGAUAAUCACCAUUACGCUAAUACAAUAGCUGACAAUCUUUAUUCGACGUAUCGAGAGCAUAUGUCUUCGCUAAUGGCCGGAAAAAUGCCACCGUACGAUACGCAUCAGUCGACCAGACCAUCGUCACUAUUCCCAGGAUCGUCGUUUGAUCCUUCCGGCGGAUACCAAGCAGGAAUGAGUAAACCGUACGAAGCUCCUUUGAUGAUUCAAACACCUAGCGUCGGUGCGGCUGCAGCGUCGUUUACGAGCACGUCACUCAACAUGGCGUUCGUUUCGUCGAUUAUAUCGCCAAUACCACCCAUCAAUACGGACGAUACUACGUUGGCGGAUGGAGGUACCGCUUCGACGCCGACAACCGAUGAAAGUAGCAGCAAACUAGAUACGCCGACGCCCAGAAUGAACAGUAUUAAAGAUAUGUUCGAUGGCAGCCUAGUUGCGGCCGAUGAUAAAGACAAAGAGAACGGCUUCAACAACAGCACCAUCGGCGCUGAUGAUCUCGUUAACGAUAUUUCGCCGCUCAAUGAUACGAAAUCCAGCUCGUCAAUCGGAGCUGCUGUGGCGGCCACGCCGUCACCGGUCACCACUCCUGCAGUACAGAAGAGCGAUAUCGAGAAAACCAUCGACGAAGUGGCCGCCGCCGUUUCAGAAGUGCCACCUGCUGUAGUGCCUGUAUCGACCAGCACUCCUCGAGUCGACAGCGCGGCAGCGACCAUCGUUCCUCCGUCUCCAUCGCCGAAAUUACCGCCUCACAGUGCCAAAAAAUCGCCUACCAAACCAACCAGAGCUUCGGCUCGAGUGCUGUCUCAAAACAAAUCACCGAUCGCGAAAUCGCCGUUGGCCAGCGGCGUAUCUCCUGCCAGGUUACCGCCUGUGGUUGCUGAAUCUCCUAGCGCCACGCCAUCCGCAACGACGAAAACUGCCAAUAAAUCGACGUCGAGGAAAAAUCACCGCAAUAAUAAUCGAACCGGCGGCCAACGCAAUCGUGGUGGUCGUGGUAGAGGUCGUGGUCGAAACGCGAAUCAGGCCGGUUUCUUCUAUCGCGAAUGGGAAAGCGACACGACUGCCAAACUGGCCGGAACGGUUUACGAUUUCGACGGAGAAGACGAAAUAGGCGCGGAUAACUUCGAAAAUCUGCGAGCCAUGAGAGAAGAACGUCGCAAAUCGACCGAUACCGUUUAUAGUAAAUUAUCAACGCCCUCGAAAGAAACCUGUUACUCGCCCAAAUUUGCCAGUCCGUCGUCUCAGCAACCAGCUGCCGCGUCACCUCGUCCGACGACGAAACGUAGCAGUAAAUCAUCGGCCGCUGCCACCGCUGCCGGACGCGCUUCGCAUCGAUCGCAGUUAUCGCCUUUGUGCGAAAUCGGCAACAACGGACGUAUCAUUACCAAAGACUAUCGCGAUGCUAUCAUUGCGCCGCCUCCGCCCGCGUUGCCUCAGCCCGAAGAUGACGACGAAGAAGAGGAAGAAGAAGAUAUAGAAGCGACAGUCGCCGUUGAAGAAGUUCAAGACGAAGAUGAAGACGAGGAAGAAGAAUUACAUCGGGAGAAAUCGUAUAGAACUGCCACUACCAUUUCUUCAUCGGCUGCCAAUGCUGCCGCUGUCAUAGCCAAAGAUAAAACUGCAGCCGGACCGACCACGUCACCUACGUUACCGCAACCUCCAGUUCAGUCGGCCGCUGCUGUCGAACAGUUCGCCGCCGUACAGCCCUUAUUACCUGGUCCGGUCGAUAUGCGCACCUACAGUGGUGGCAGUUCGUACGAUGCCCAAAAUCGCAUAGAUUCUCACACCGAAGAGGAAGCUUACACUGAUAUUACGCCUGUGUCUGCGACUGAUCACUUCGCAACAUCCAAGACUGCAUCGGUUACUGCAGCUUCGGCUCCAGAACCGGUUAACGAUCUCGUCGACGCUUUAGAGAAAGAAAUCGAAAGGUAUUCGUCUCUACCUACGGCGACGGCAGGUCGCUCCGCUAAACGAUCUCCAGCCGAUGUUAGAUCAGCUUCAGCUAUGUCCAGCUCAACCAACGCUGAUUACGCCUCCAAAAUCGUCGAUCCGAGCGCGAUUGACAUUACCAACACGAGCGCAGCUUCCGCCCACGCCACAGCCGCAUCGUCCAAUCAUUUCGUACCUUCGGAUACGCGUGUUAAUCGGGUACUCGGCGAAGCUACGGCCACCAUAAUCGAAGACGAUAGCCCCGGUCAAUCGCGUAAUCAACUGAAAAUGAAAAUCAAAGGACCUUAUUCGGACGCCAAUUACGUGCCUAUUACGACAUCAGCGACCGCCGCCGGAACCGUUUCUCAUCCGUCGAUUCCGGCAGCAGCUGCGGCUGCGGCUCAAGCCACUGCACCCAACGAGUUCAACAUGUCGGUAGGUAAUUUGAACGUAUCCGGAAGUGUUUCGGCGGCUACCGCGGCGUCGAGUUAUAAUCGUCGUAUGCGAAAGAAAGAACUUUUAAGGCAAUACUGUACCCAGCAAGAUAACACCGACGAAUGCGCCAACGACAUGAUGGCUGUGGUUAACGCUGUUGGAAUGAUGGCUCCGGCCGCCGUUCCAAACGAAACGACCAGCUCGAUGCCUGCGCCGAAUCAACCGCCACCUAAAAGCGCGGUGCAAGGUUACAAGUUACCCAAAGCUGUCGCCUCGAUGACCACGAUACCGACCAAAGAGGAUUACAAAGCGUUAAUCGACGCGGCUACCAGUAUCGACAAAAAGAAACGCGGCAAGGAUAAGUAUUCGGCGGCGUCUUCUGUUUACGAUUUAAACAACGAAUCCGGUAUCGGAGGAGCAUUCUCGUCGUCCGGCAUCGGUGCCAAUAACAGUAACGUGAACAGCUACAACAACGCGUACUACCAUAAUAAUCCGGCCAAACAGAACUACGGUUCCGGUAGCGUUUCCGUAUCGCUGGAUAAGAAAGAUACCUCGCUAGAUGCGAAUUCCACCGGCAACGGUAGCGAUAAUCACGUAACCAAACGUAAAAGUCGCGGCGGUAAUUCAUCGUGCGGCGCUCCGCCCAAACUGAAGAUUAAAAUUGGAAACGCUCCUUCGGUGGUGGCCGUGGAAAACAACUCGGUCGCCGGCAACGGCAGCAGCAACGCGUCCGGCAGUACGUUCGAAGAUAAAAAUCUACGUCUGAGGCCGCCUAAGAAACGUCUGUGCGAUUCCGCCGAUAAACAACCGAGCGCCGCUACCGUCGAACAGCUGAAACGUGAAAGUAUGCGAUACCGAUCGAAAGUGAGCAGCGAAUUCGAGAAUUGCGCCGUCGAAGGUACCAACGGCGGUCGUGCCAGCCGAUCGCAAUCCAGAGGCGGUAGCGUCGUCGACGAUAAUUUCUUCAGCGAUAACGAUAAUUCGGUAUCGUCCACCACCAAAGAAGGCAGCAACGUCGGCGGCUCCAGCUCGUCGUCGAAGAAACGCCGCAAAGGUAGUCAGAAAACAAGCGGCAGUAAACGCAAAAAGAAAGCCAGAAACGAUAACGACGAUGUCGACAGCACGCCUCACGUACGCAUCAUCACCAAUCACGAGGUCAGCGAAGGCGCGCCCAAAAAGAUCAUCAUCAAAUUCGGCGGCUUGUCCGCUAUGCAACCGGAGGCGGCGACGACGUCGCCUCCACCGCCACCCCUCGCCACACCCAAACCGCCUAAAUCUAAACGUAACAUGAACCACGAACUAGAUAAAGUCACAACUACCAAAAUUACGCCGAUCAGAUUAAAAGUAUCCAGAACGAAAGAAGGUUUUGUAGCUAAGUCGUCGUGCGUCGAGGACGAUGAUUCAUCCGCCCCAACAGCAGCCAAGAAGAAAUCGGCGGCCAGCGCCGCAUCCGAUACUUCGUCCGCAGCAACGUUACCAAAAAAACACGUACCAUCAUCGACGCCAUCGUCGUCAGCUGAGACGAAUUCUACGGAUACGGCGGCGUCGUCCGCCGCGAUGAAUCCUCCUCCGACGCCAUCGCUGGUUGCAGCGGCGUCUACUUCCAAUACGACAGUGUGAUUUAGAUAUUUUUAAUUCUGUUUGUUUUUUUCUUCUUUUUUUUCUUUUUUUUUUUUUGUUCGUAUCUUGUUUUUUAUUUAUUUAUUAUUUUCGUCGUGUGUUUAUUUAUUCGUCUUUUUUCGUUCUGUUUUUUUUUGUCGUGUGUAUCCCUCCCCUCGCUCCCUUAAAUGCCCUCAAUUUAUUAUGUUGUAUUACCGUAUCUUGUUCGUGUUCUUGUGCGUGUGUGUGAGUGUGUUUCGAUGGAUGAUGCGUAAAAAAAAUGAUUGUACGAGGGUGGCCGUUCGAUUAAUCAAGAUUACGAAUCGUGCUGCUGCUGCGGUGUUUUUCCCUCCUGGUGGCGUGUAAAGUGCAUUUAAAAAUUGGACGAAAGUAACGGCGGUUUUUUCCAAGGGUUUCGUCGGGUCAAAACGCUAAUCAAGUUGGAUUCAGACUCGGUGCCAAAAAUCAACAUCGUAUAAAUCUUAGAAAUUAUUCGGCUAUCGAGACCGAUCCUAGUAUUUUGCUCAAAAAAUAACGAAAGUAAAAGUAAAAAAAAAAACAAACCAAUUGGAAAACCCUCGGCACUUAUAACGUAGUCAAAUUUUUCUAUUAUUUUUUAAAUAAAGUGCAAUAUUUCGAUUUACUAUUUUAAUUCAUUUAAUUAUGAUAUUUAUUACGAAUGUUUUUUUUUCCUCUCUCUCUUUCUCUCUCUAUCUCUUUUCUCGUCUCUUUAUAUAAUUUUUAUGUAUAUGUAAAUUUAUACUUAUUACCGUACGUAUAUGGAACUAACAUGUGUAUUAAUUCGUCGAUAUAUACUUUUUUUUUGUCGUAUUAACGAUGACAUUUUCUAUGUUAAUUUUUUUCUCGGAUGUCUCGAUCGAUAGAUAAUCGAAAAUUUUGUUUUUGUUUCGUUUUUUUCUCUUUUUUUUUUUACUAAGAAUUUAAGUUUAUCUACGCUUUAGACUUUCUCUCAAUGUAUCGUUGUAUCGGCCGGCCGUAGCGUUUCGUUGUGACGUGUAUAAUAUUGUCGUGCUGUUUUUUCUUAAUGUUGUACUUGUAUUAUUCCGUUGACGGAAUUAAGGCGGUUGUAGGGAUGUUUAGAACAAUUUCGAAAUGUAUUUUGGGAAUUGCCAGUUCCCUUUGUUUUGGCCUCCCUGGUGGAGACCCUAUAACUGACCUGGAAUGGGUGAUGGUAACCUAGGUUUUUCAUCUAGUCGGAGUUUCGUUGUUGUUAUUGCUGGUGGGGGAGGGAAGGGGUGAUAUAGAUGCGGAUCGAUCUAAAAUAGAUAAUUUUUUUCUUCGUGCGAAAGUGUAUUGUAGUUUGGCUUUCGAAUUUUUUUCGGGUUCUAAAUUUCCUCAAAAGAAAAAACCUAGGUUAUUCUGGAUGGGAAACGUGAUCGUGCUGGGUAAAAGAGGCAUUUUCAGUAAAAUAAAUUGAAAUUGUGUUUUAGAAAUUUAAUUUUGAAAAAAAUGGAAAUGAUGGUUGUUUUUUUUGGUGUAGAUUUCAACUUUUUGUAAUCGAGACUUUUGGAUAAUUUAAUGAAGGCUUCAAAAAAGUCGAUAAUUUUUUUUUUUUAAAGUUUACUCAAAAAAUGUUGAAAAUGCGAAUUUUUUAAAUUGAAAUUUAUGGAAGAAAGAGAAAUGGGGAAGGUGUUUGAAAUUAUCAACGCUGAAAGUAAAGUAAAAAAAAAAAAUUUUUAAAAAUUUAAAAGCAAUCUCUCAAUUUCUGAGUGCCCUUUUUUACUCGGCACGAUUACGAAAUAUCAAGAAAAAAAUUUCUGUGUCAAUUAUUAAUUGUUAGACGAAUUGUUGUACGUACCACGUUCUCGAAAACAUUUUUUUUUUUUUUUUUUUUUUUUUAAAUAACUUGAAAAAGUAUCUAAAUUUUUAAAGCUUGUUUUUAUUUUAAUGAUCGAAGGCUUCUCUCUGUUUGAAAUUUUUUGCUUAUGACGUCAUAAAGAUGAAAAAUGCUUAUCGUCGGCGCCGGCCUAAACGCGUAGAUAAUUCGUAGGGUUUAGCGGUGUGUCCGUAAGUACCUGUGCUGAGAAGGUGGAUUUUUUUCAGGGGAAAAUUGGCGUUAUUUACUCGCGUGUAUUGUUUGCUUAGAGCGUUUCGUUAUAUAAUCGUAGGAAAAAAAAUGGCGAAUUUGACGCUAAAAAAUUGUAUCGCAUAGCGUUUAGUCAUUAUCGUUUGUUCAUUUUUGUUCGCGAAUACGCGGUAAUUAUCGUAUAUAAAUGUGCGUAAUUUAACCAAGAAUUUGAUCAAUAAUUAUCGAAAAAGUACAUAGAAGAGGUACCGGGUAUAUCGGUGGUGUUACAGUAUUGCUUAUUAUAAAUAUUAUUGUGAUGUGUGUACGAAGUUGUUGUCGUUAUAUUGUUGUAUCGUGUAUGCCUCUUGUUAGAAGGGUAGGCCUUGUUGGAAUUUUGAAGGCGUAGUUUGGUGGUAUUUUUGACGGCCUAAAAAUUAUUGGGUUUUGUUGCAUCUUUUAGAAAAUAUACGUAGUUUUUUUUUUAAAAAAAAGGAAAAGAAAAUAAUGUUUAAAAAUGUAUUAUUUCGAUAUUUCAAGUACACUACCCCGUAUGCAAACUACGCCUGCGGGUUUUUAUGUUUCAUUUAAAUUCGUUGACGAGCUAACUGCUUGAAAAAAUAUUGUACCGUCCGUUGUGUUUUUUUUUCUCCUCAAUUUUUUUUCGGGUGCAAAAUGGCAGUUGAUUGCACGACGCUGUUAUCACUACGAGUAGAAUAUAUACCAAGAUGAAUAAUUAUUUUACGCGGCUUUGUUAAUUUUUACCUCUCGAAUUGAAGAAGAAAAAAAAAGAAAAUUUUCUGACGUGAAUCUUUCCUCUUUCUCUCUAUCUCUCUGUUUUUACGCGCUAAUAAUAAUAUAAUGUUCUCUUAACAUAAUGAUGAAACUUUUAUUGUUUUUAUUUUUCGCGUAGUGAUUAUUUCCUCUAUUAUUAUUUUUUUUUUUCGACAGUAGAACUGUUAUAUAUUGGUUAUUAUAUUAUUGUUUUUGUAAGCGGAAGUCCUGUGCGAAGGCUUUUAGUUUAAAAACAAAAAACUUAUUAACAACCGCAUGUUUAAGCAGCUGUUAUUUUUUUAUUGUUAUUGUUUUUUUUCUUUUUGUUAUUGAAAUUAAAUUAGUGUAAUACCUUUUGUAAUUAAUCGAAAUUUCAUUAUACUCGUAUAUUUUUUCUUUCUUUCUUUCUACUUUGUUUUUUUUUCCUCUUCUUAUCUUUUGUUGUAAAUUUUGUAUUUAAAAUGUUACGUCGUCGUAUGUGUAAAAUUUUGUAAAUAAUGCACAUAGUAUAUUGUAUUAUUUAUAUAUUUCUAAAACGAUAAGUUUUUUUUUUAAUAAUUUAAAAGUUUAUAAGAAAUAUUUAUUAAAAUAAAAUAUUGAGAUUGUUUUAUUAA